CUCUGCUCUCAUUUCCUUUAUACUUCAUUCUUUGUAUAAAUAGCUUCAUAUUCUACUCAAACCACCACAAUCACAUAGUAACAACAACAAAAAAUGUAUCAAUCCAUUGACUGGUUUUCUUGGCUAUCAAAAACUGGGCUAGAACCUUCCCUUAUAUACGAAUAUGGGAUGUCGUUCUCUCGAAACGAGCUAGAAGAAGAGGAUAUAGCUUACUUUAACCAUGAAUUCCUUCAAAGCAUGGGGAUCUCUAUAGCAAAACAUAGGUUAGAGAUACUCAAACUAGCUAGGAAACAAAAAGGAUCAAAUGGUUCACACCCUAUAUCAAGGAUCAUGAUUGCCAUCAAGAAAACCAAGAGGACUUUGGCUAAGUACAUUCAAACAUUGGUGCACCGAGAUGAGUCGUCAGCUCUGGUCUUGGUUCAUAAGAGUACUACUUAUGGUUCAAGAUGGAAAGGGACCAUGUUGAGAAGGAGCCAAAGAUUGGUGAGCUUCAGACAAGCUACUCCAACUCUUUUGCUCACUAAUGCCUCUCAUAAUUCCAGUAGUCUUAGAAUAAACAGCUUUUCGAGCCCGGUGGUUUAUGAUCUCCAAUGUGAUCAAGGCAAAAAAGUCAGUGUAGAUGGUGAUGGUCAUGAGAGUCAUGAUGAAGAAAAAGAUGGUCGUGGUGCAGGUAAUUAUUUGAAAAAGGGUAGUGUUCAAGAGAUUAAAUGGGAUGCCAUGUUUCAGAAUUUGAAACCUACUUAAUUAAUUGAUCUUAAAAGCAAUAUAUAUCUAUCAUCUUCUUCAUCAAACAUAUCCUAUAUAUUUAUUUUCUUGUUUUAAAUAAGUUGUUAGUAGAACUAAUGGUGAGAGAGAUGCUAUUUUUCAAUGUUCUUCCACCAAAAAGUUGUAGCACUAGUGUUCUUGCAAUGGUAAAAAUGUUUGUAUUUACUUAAUUAGCAGAAAAGUGUAGCAUGUCUUGCCGACUUGCCCUUUUGAGGGUCUUCUUAAUUGUAACUUAAUAUAUAUGUUAAAUAACAGAAAUUUUAUCA